AUGAAGGAAGGCAAAGAUGGAGUGACAAAAGAGCGGGACAAAAAGAGGAUAAGUAUGGUGGAGUUGAUAUUGGAAAAGUUAGGAUUGGAGGAUGAGCUUAAGGAAUUUGAACACUACUCUCAUGUGAUUGGUAGAGUGUCGAUCUGUCCUAGUUGUUACUCAGGCUAUGACAGAGCCAUUGAUUUUGAAUGGUUGUCAUGCCAAGCAAGGCAUAGUUGGCAUUCCAAAUGCGGUGAUGGCUGGGAAAGAACAAAUCCUGAGGCAGUUAGAAUUUGUUUUUACUGCAGAGAGCAAGGCGUCGACCGACUCGGGAAGAUAUAG